GAGAAGAAAGAGAUCUUAUCUACGGCGAGUAUAGUACAGUCGUCUCUCACAGUUGAACAAGCACAGACCUUAAUAAAGCUCAUACAACGUACACACGCCACCACACACACCUGCCAUUACUCUUCUUCUCUUCUUCUUCAUUCUUCUUUCUUCUUCUCUCGCUGACGCUGUUUCCAAAUGCUGAAGCCAGGCAGCGUCAAGGUCUCUUCCAGCCCGGGGAGGGAGAAGCUGCCGCCGACGCCCGGCCUAGCGCGCUUGCUCUACGGGAAGACCGUCGGAAGCCGUAGUCGCGGCCGCUCGGUGUCCGGAGCGGCGGCGCGGUCCAGCCCCAUGUUCGUGUCGCGCAGCAGGAGCCGCGGCCGCGCGGCGGGGACGGGGGCGGCCGCCGAGGAGGGGGAGCCGUCGUCGCCCAAGGUGACGUGUAUCGGUCAAGUCCGGAUUCGGAACAAGAAGAGGGCGACGCCGGGGAAACAGAGGAAUGCGACUUCGCCCAAGAAGCGGAGGAGGGGCUCGUGCCUCGUGUCCUGCCACUGCUUUCACAAGGCUUUCCUCUGUGUCGUGUUCAAGACGCCCCCUGGCGGCGGCGGGGGGCUACGGCGCUGGCUGUGGAGGCGGAGAUGGGGCGGCGUCCGAUCUGGAAGGAGCGGGAGGUACCAAGAGAGGAAGAAGCCGGAUCCGGUUAAGUCGCCGCCGCUUCCGGAGUUCGUCACGUGUGCGACAAAGGAAUCAGAUCAAGAAGACAGCGGCGAAGAAAAGGAAGAGCGUGCGGCGGCCGCGUGCGAGGAGGAGCCACGGGCUUCCUUGUCAUCGGAGACGGCGUCUUCCCCGCCGAAGAACGCGCUCCUCCUUAUGCGCUGCCGGUCAGCGCCGCACAACCGGGCGUCCUCGCUCGCCACCGCCCGAUUCGCGUUGCCUCCGGCCGAGGAGUUCGUGCAACAGCCCGCCGCCGGAGAAGAGCCAGCGCAGGAGGCGGAGGCCGAGGCCGAAGCCGAGGAGGACCAUCAAGUGGAAGACGAAGCAAAAGGGUCAGAGUCGCAGCGGCCGCUAGUGCUGCCGCGGAGCAAGUCGGAGCCGGCGCGGCGUGCGGCGGCAAAGCUGGCCAUCCCGGAGGCCGCCUCCUGCUUCUGGCCCAGCCACGUCAACGUCAGCCGCCGUCGCCGCUCGAGCCCCAACCACGGCUCCUCUCCGCCACUGUGACAACCACACCUCUGCCCCUACCUUCUCAUUCCAAUGUAAUCAAAAUCACAACUUUUCUGUCUAAAUCUACUGUUCAAAUUAAUAUUCUCGGCGAACAAUCGAAUCAAAUCAAGUGGAACAAGAAGAAGAAUGCACUGACCCAACGGUGGCCAGGCGACGUCUGGAUGUUCUCGAGUUCCCCUCGGGGAAUCUGCGGCGUAGCUUUGGGCCAUAUCCUUUUGGGAUGGAAGCAGGGAGAAGAGACAACGAUGUCGGCAUGGGAAGGAGUAGGCAACGCGCGGCCGUACGCCUCGGGAGCAGCAGCAAAACUGGAGAUGGCCCAGCGCGGCCAUGUGUCGCCCCGCCAAGUCGCGUUAUAUUUCUUCCUCUGCUCUGUUCGGCUCUGCACUCGAGGCAGGGGAGGGCAAAUGAGGAGGUCCGGCGAUGUCGGAUCGCAGUCGCCGGAGGAGGAGGAGGAGGAGGAGGGAGGGAGGUGGGAGCCAUGUGGGUCGGAUUCGGGUCGGUGGUCGAUUUGAUGGCUCGUGAUGUGGUCGGUUGUGUGCUGUGGCUGAAGGGUUCGUGAGGGGUCAAGUCGAUGGCGAUGGGUCGACCAACAUGGACGCCGACGGGAGGUACACGGAACCAAUGACGUGGGGCCGGUUCAUCUACUGUUGUCACGAGUGGAACGGUGAAAUACUGGGAUGGGAAUUAACGCUACUGACAAAAUUUCAAUUUGGCCACUCGUACUUUAUCUUUUUAUUUUGCAAGCCUUGUGUUUAUCCAGGUGUCCUUCCCUAAUUUAUAGGGUGAGACUUAAAUUACGGGUUAAUGAAUAAUCUACCAUCAAA